CGGCAAUCGAGGCAACACCGGUCAACGGUCUAUGUGUUGAGAUGAUCUAUUUUUGCUAUGGCGAGGGGUCUGUUUUCUCGGGCCUGGAUGACAAAGUCUUAUUACUUUCAGGCUCGUCUGUCCUACGUUCGACUGAAGUACCUGUUCUUCACCUGGCUGACGGUGUUUGUUGGAAGUUGGGUGGUGUAUGUUCAGUACUCUGCUUACACAGAGCUGUGCAGGGCACAAGAAUGCAGCGACUCCAUCUGUGACAAGUACAGAAGGGGUGUAAUCGAUGGCUCGGCUUGCAGCAGCCUUUGUGACAAAGGCACGCUCUAUUUUGGGAGGUGCCUCUCCACUAAGCCUAAUAACCAGGUAUACAUGAGCAGUUGGGGUGAGCUGGACACAGUCAUUAAGUGUCAGUUGGGAGAUGUGCUUCACUAUGAGCUGGGUGAGGAACUGGAACCCAGGAGAGAAGCAACACUCUUUGACAAACCCACCCGUGGGACGUCAGUGGAGAAGUUCAAAGAGAUGGUCUCUAACCACUUAAAGGCUAAGGUUGGAGAACAUGCCAACCUGCCCAGCUUGGUGACCUUGAUCCUAUCAUUUGCAGACAGUAACAAGGAUGGACAAAUUUCCCUCGCUGAGGCCAAAUCAGCCUGGGCCCUGUUGCAGCUCAAUGAGGUUCUGCUAGCAGUGGUUCUCCAGGACCGUGAGCACACGCCCAAACUGCUGGGCUACUGUGGAGACUUGUAUGUGGUGGAGAGGGUACCCUACACUCCCCUCUAUGGUCUCAGCCUGCCAUGGCCACUCGAGCCCUGGAUCCCUGUUGGCCUCCGGCACAGCAUGGACCAAUGGUUCACACCCUCCUGGCCACGCAAAGCCAAGAUCUCCAUUGGCCUGUUGGAGCUAGUGGAGGACAUCUUCCAUGGCACAUUCGGUACCUUUCUCAUGUGUGACAUGAGACCUAACAGUUUUGGCUACACUAAUCGUCACGAUCUGCGCCUGGUGGACGGGCGUAGGGUGGUGCCAGAAGAGGCCUUUAGACUGGCGAUGGUCUCCCAGCACUGUGAGGACGACGAGGACUGCGUUUACGGCAUAGACUGCAGGACGUCGUGCGACCGCACAGAGCGCCGCUGCACGGGCAAGGUGACCCAGCCAAACCUGGCACGGGCAUGCCUGGCACUGAAGGACUACCUCCUGCGGGGGGCGCCGGCACAUCUGCGGGAGGAGCUCGAGAAGCAGAUGUACGCUUGUAUGGGUCUCAAGGGUUCAAAUGAACAGAUGGAAAUGGAGCAUUCGCUCAUCCUCAACAACCUUAAGACCCUGCUGUGGAAACAAAUCUCACACACCAAGGACUCUUAA